AUGUCGUCGUACCACCACCACCGAAGAUCCGAGUUUAAUUUCUGGGACAAGGGUGCGCUUCUCUGCGUGCGGGCCCCGUACGUGACCGUACUUACAAAGAACAUUAGCGUUAUGACGGUGUAUUGCGACCGCUGCGACCGCUACUUCCCUCACUACGGUGCCCUCGCGCAGCACGAGCGGGCGUCGAGCGCACACUGGCUCUGCGACGACUGCGAGAUCGACUACACGACGUGGACGGGGCUGAAGGAGCACUACGUCCAGAGCCGCAGACACUUCUACUGCCAGCACUGCGACGAGCAUUUCGACGAUGGCGGCGAGCUGGCGGAACACAUGGACGACGCACAUUUCUACUGCUCUUCUCGGCGUGCACCACUACUGCACCCCCUGCCGCCGGCUGUUCACCUCCGCAAACAACCUCAACGCGCAUAUGAACUCGGCGCUGCACAAGCCACGCACGAUCACGUGCCCGGCCGCGGCUGCGGGCAGUCCUUCAUCAACGGCCCGUCGCCGCCGCCGCGCAUCUCGAGGCGGGCAGCUGCGCGUCGGGCGCGAACCGGCAGUCGCUCAACCGCUACAUCCGCGCGCAGGGACACGCGCAACGUGAUCACCGACCCCCGCGCCUGA